GCAAAAUGCACUUCAAGUCUCUUCUUCUAGUCAGCCUGGCCUCAUUGGCUGUCUCUCAUCCAUCUGCCAAUCCAGACGAAGCCGCUGUUUCCAACAACUGCGGUUGGCCCAACGGCAACUGCUAUGAUAACAACUGCCAUGGCGAGCUUAGUUCAAACCGUAUAACUUGCACUUCGGUAAAUCAAACCCUGCCGCCUCUAAUUUAGAUUAUAUGGACUUAACUGAUGCACGUUGAAAACAGGGUCCAUAUCUGGGCUGUCCAUGUGGAUAUGGCUGUGGCAGGAAUACCGGGAAGUGCAAUGAAAAUGGCUGCGAUGGUCGCAAUGGCCGCUGCACCAAUAACUACCUUGGCUGCUCCUGUACCUGAUUGAAGCUACAUGGAGGAAGGACAUAUAUGUCAAUUGACGGUAUGUGCUUCGCUUGCAAGCAAUUUCUGCACGCGAGUGAUCAGCCUGGAAAAAAAAUCACGUAGUUUUUGGAGAGC